AUGACGAAUUCAACAGAGAAAUGUAAAACGCAAUUGAAACGAAAACAGAUGGAUGAUGAUAUACCAGAUUCUUCGAUAUUCGAUAUUUUGGAAAAUGGCUUUCAGAUCGGAGAUUUGGUUUGGGCAAAACUUCAUGGAUUGACAUGGUGGCCGGCUUUUGUCUACGGCUGCUUUUCCGACGAUGGAAAUUACGUUAAAGUAAUAUCAAAACCUGGAUUACCGACGAAAAAACAAUAUUUCAUCUACUCUUUCGGCUCUCAUUUCAAAUAUUUAUGGGUUCACGAAGCAUGUCUGCAUCGAUACGAAGGUCUAGAAGAAUUUCUGGUAUAUUCAGAACAAAAGGCUAAACGAGCAUCAACAAAACAAGCGGAAGAGAAAAUACGUCGAAAGUUCAAAGUACAUAUAUCUGAAGAAUUGCAUCCAUUCUGGAAACAAGCGAUGGACGAAGCUAAUGAACUGUUAACUCUGCCAACAAACGUGCGCAUGAGCGCAUUUCAAAAAAUAGUUCAUCGCUUUAUCGAUGAAACUAAAAAUUCAGUUAUGCAUCGAAUUAAAGAACAAUCAAAUGAUUAUAAAAAACAAUCGAUUCAAACGCUUUCGUCGUCACGCAGUCUAUCGAAACAGACAUUCCUGACAUCAGAUGCAUUUGAAAAAGUCAAGCGAACAGUACCAUAUCCUUCGAUUCUGAGUAGUACAGGAGAAACUGAACAAGUAACAAAAGCACCAUCACAAUUAUUGCAAGUGGCAACAACAACGAAUGAACUAGAUAAUGAUGUUGUUGUUCUACGACUAAAUUCAUCUACGCGGUCUUCUUCUGUGUCACUAACAGCAGCUAUUCGUCAUUUUCUUGAUAAAGGCCUUCCAUCAUUAACUCUCUACGAAGAGAUUUGCCUUGUUAAUCAAUUGCUUCACCAUCGAUCAGGUACAUCAUUAACGUUAACGGACGCUCAGAUGUACGUUGAACAAUAUGUCAUUCGCAUUGCCUUACGGAAUUUCCGUCACAAAAUGUUAUACGUUCAAAGUGAUUAUUUCUAUGACUUUUUACUAAAAUAUCCUCAAAUUAUUCUUAAACAUCGCCAAUGGUUUCAAGAUUUCCAGCCAAGUUUAAUGCCGACAAACACAGAUAGAAUUCAUUUGAAAAAAUGGCAAUUAGCAACAAUAUUACACGCUCAUUGGAAUCUAGAGCAACGUUUAUAUUAA